CUCCUGGUGUGUCUGAUGAUAACUACUGUAUACUUAUAUAUAAUAAGUACUUCUUAGUAAGUCCAGACAUUUCUAUAAUCCAUGAAUCUCCUAAGUGACUUUACCCUCAGGAAAAUGCAUGCAAUUUUUAUCUACCUUUGGACACUGCUAUUUUAGGAUCCUGUAUGAGAGCAUCUCCUUGGUUUCUCUAUUUCAUGUGUAUUUACACUAAGGAGAAAUUGUGGCUAUGUAGCAGUUUGUAAUAUGUUCAUCAAGUUUGUCUUAUGAGAAUAGAGCAUUUUCUAUUUGAUUCUAUGAGGGUAUGUUGAAAGCUCUUCAUCUAGAAAAACAACAAGUGUUUUUCCCAAUUAUCCAGCAUUUUUAGAUGCAGGGAGUCAAUUACUGUAUAUUUCCAUUUAAGUUCUUCUUUAUGGAUUUUAAAAUAAUAUAAACUUAUAUUCUUUGUGCCACAUUCAAACAGUUAAAAUAUUGUAGUGCUUUACUUAGAUAUUUCCAUAUCCAGUCUGAGGCUGCUUUAUCACUGUGAGCUGCUCCAGGUUAAGAAACCUGUUUCUAUAUAACCUAUAGCCCUAUAGUGAGGGGCUGUGUGAAUGAAGAGUGGCAAUUUAAUGAUUUUUGAAUGUGACUCAGUGGACAAUUGUGUUUCUAUAAAGCAGUUUCACCGGUUCUAUGGUAUGGACAGUGCUAGCAAUUAAAUUGCCAUUUAUUUGUAAAUGAAAACUGUGCAUUUUGUGAUUCCCCACAAUGGAAGAGGAAGACUGUUAGAAGGGGCCUCAUUAAUAUUAAUAAUCAUCUUAAACUAGAAGCAGAAUAAUUGACUGAUAAUGAAUUAAGCUUAGUCUCAACAAGAACAAGGUCAAGUUUGUCAGUUAAUGAUUUUCUCUUAAUCUAGGCUAGCAUAAAUAUUUUAACUUCUUGAUGGUAUCCUAUUAAGUUGUAAAUAGGCAUAUAAGAAGAUAUUUUAUAUUUAAUAAUUUUGAUUUUCAUGUGUCAAUAUCCUGUAAUUCCUAAAGAACAUUGUUGAUGUGAAAGCAUGCAUCCUAAAAGAAUAGAGUUAAUUUCAAGACCAAAUAAAAAGUAAACUCUCUUCUCUGCAUUGCAGGGAGAAUCGGGAAGAAAAUUCCAUAUAAUACCUAAGAAGAUCCAAAAUAUUUUUAGAAAAUCUGGAGUUUAUGUGUCUUCUCGGGUAGACCCAAUUCUUGAAGUAUGGGAAGAAAAUACAUCUGCAACAGUAAUCCCCACUGAUGAUGAAAAAUAUAAAACAGAUAAUUUCUAUGCGGUGUCUUCUGAGCAUAGAAAUUCUAUUCCUAAGGCUACUGCUGAUCGUGAAGCUUCCACCUCUACUGCUGACAGCCUGGAUGCUGCCGAGCCUGACCCAACAAAUUCUACAAAUGCUACUGACUGUCUGGCUGCUCUUGAGCGUGAGCUGACUAAUUCCAACAACACUGCUGACUGUCUGGCUGACCUUGAGCCUGAUCCGACGAUUUCUACCAAUGCCGCUGACUUUCAGGCUGCUGUUGCACCAGAGCCAACUAUGUCCACCCACCCUGCUGACUGUCUGCCUGAUGUGGAACCAGAGCCAACUAUGUCCACCCACCCUGCUGACACUCUGGCUGCUCUUGAGCCUGAGCUGACUACUUUCAACAACACUGCUGACUGUCUGGCUGACCUUGAGCCUGAUCCGACGAUUUCUACCAAUGCCGCUGACUUUCAGGCUGCUGUUGCACCAGAGCCUGCUAUGUCCACCAACCCUGCUGACAGUAUGGCAGCUGUUGAGCCUGAUCCGACUAUGUCCACCCACCCUGCUGACAUUCUGACUGCUGAUGAGCCUGAACAUAAUAAUUCUACCAAAGCUGCUGACUGUCUGGCUGACUUUGAGCCUGAGCCAAACAUGUCCACCCACCCUGCUGACAGUCUGCCUGAUGUGGAACCAGAGCCAACUAUGUCCACUCACCCUGCUGACACUCUGGCUGCUCUUGAGCCUGAGCUGACCAAUUUCAACAACACUGCUGACUGUCUGGCUGACCUUGAGCCUGAUCCGACUAUUUCUACCAAUGCCGCUGACAUUCAGGCUGCUGUUGCACCAGAGCCAGCUAUGUCCACCCACCCUGCUGACUGUCUGCCUGAUGUGGAACCAGAGCCAACUAUGUCCACCCACCCUGCUGACACUCUGGCUGCUCUUGAGCCUGAGCUGACUAAUUCCAACAACACUGCUGACUGUCUGGCUGACCUUGAGCCUGAUCCGACUAUUUCUACCAAUGCCGCUGACUGUCGGGCUGCUGUUGCACCAGAGCCCGCUAUGUCCACCAACCCUGCUGACAGUAUGGCAGCUGUUGAGCCUGAGCCGACUAUGUCCACUCACCCUGCUGACAUUCUGACUGCUGACGAGCCUGAACAUAAUACUUCUACCAAAGCUGCUGACUGUCGGGCUGACCUUGAGCCUGAGCCAAACAUGUCCACCCACCCUGCUGACAGUCUGCCUGAUGUGGAACCAGAGCCAACUAUGUCCACCCACCCUGCUGACACUCUGGCUGCUCUUGAGCCUGAGCUGACCAAUUUCAACAACACUGCUGACUGUCUGGCUGACCUUGAGCCUGAUCCGACUAUUUCUACCAAUGCCGCUGACUUUCAGGCUGCUGUUGCACCAGAGCCAACUAUGUCCACCUACCCUGCUGACUGUCUGCCAGAUGUGGAACCAGAGCCAACUAUGUCCACCCACCCUGCUGACACUCUGGCUGCUCUUGAGCCUGAGCUGACUAAUUUCAACAACACUGCUGACUGUCUGGCUGACCUUGAGCCUGAUCCGACUAUUUCUACCAAUGCCGCUGACUGUCGGGCUGCUGUUGCACCAGAGCCCGCUAUGUCCACCAACCCUGCUGACAGUAUGGCAGCUGUUGAGCCUGAGCCGACUAUGUCCACCCACCCUGCUGACAUUCUGACUGCUGACGAGCCUGCACAUAAUACUUCUACCAAAGGUGCUGACUGUCUGGCUGACCUUGAGCCUGAGCCAAACAUGUCCACCCACCCUGCUGACAGUCUGCCUGAUGUGGAACCAGAGCCAACUAUGUCCAAUCACCCUGCUGACACACUGGCUGCUCUUGAGCCUGAGUCGACUAAAUCCUCCAAUGCUGCUGACUGUCUGGCCUAUGUUGAGCCAGAGCCAGCUAUGUCCACCCACCAUGCCGACAGUCUGGCUGCUCUUGAGCAUGAGCUGUCUCAUGCCAACAAAGAUGCUGACUGUCUGGCUUCUCUCAAGGCUGAGCUGAUUAAUUCCACCAAUGCUACUGAUUGUCUGGCUUCUGUUGGGACUGAGACAACCAUGUCCACCCAGCCUACUGACAAUUUGGCAGCUGUUGAGCCUGAACAUAAUUCCACCAAUACUGCUGACCGUAAGGACUCUGUUGAACAAGAGCCAUCUAAGCCCACCUACCGUGCCGACAGCCUGGCUGCUCUUGAGCAUGAGCUGACUAAUUCCAACAACACUGCUGACUGUCUGGCUUCUCAGAAGGCUGAGUCAAUUGAUUCUACCAAUGCUACUGAUUGUUUGGCUUCUGUUGGGACUGAGACAACUAUGUCCACCCACCCGGCUGACAAUAUGGCUACUGAUGAGCUUGAGGCUACACAUUCCACCAAUGCUGCUUACUUUCUGGCGGCUCUUGAGCCCCAGUCGACUAAUUCCUCCAAUGCUGCUGAUAUUCUGGCUUCUGUUGGGUCUGAGACAACCAUGUCUACCCACCUUGCUGAUAUUCCUAUUGCUCAUGAGCCUGACUAUAAUGAUUCUACCAAUGCUGCUGACAGUCUGGACUCCGUUGAGCCAGAGCCAGCUAUGUCCACCCACCGUGCCGACAGUCUGGCUGCUCUUGAGCAUGAGCUGUCUCAUGCCAACAAAGCUGCUGACUGUCUGGCUUCUCUCAAGGCUGAGCCAACCAUGUCCACCCAGCCUGCUGACAGUGCGGCAGCUGUUGAGCCUGAGCCUACAAUUUCCACCAGAGCUGCUGAUUUUCUGGCUACUGUUCUGCCAGAGCUAACUAGGUCAAACCACCCUGCUGACUGUCUGGACUCUGUUCAGCCUGAGUCAUCUAUGUCCACACACCCUGCUGAUAAUAUGGCUACUGAUGAGCUUGAGCCUACAAAUUCGACCAACGCUGCUUACUGUCUGGCUGCUCUUGAGCCUGAGUCGACUAAAUCCUCCAAUGCUGCUGACUGUCUGGCCUAUGUUGAGCCAGAGCCAGGUAUGUCCACCCACCGUGCCGACAGUCUGGCUGCUCUUGAGCAUGAGCUGUCUCAUGCCAACAAAGAUGCUGACUGCCUGCCUUCUCUCAAGACUGAGCUGAUUAAUUCCAUCAAUGCUACUGAUUGUCUGGCUUCUUUUGGGACUGAGACAACCAUGUCCACCCAGCCUACUGACAGUGUGGCAGCUGUUGAGCCUGAACAUAAUAGUUCCACCAAUGCUGCUGAUGGUCUGGGCUCUGUUGAACAAGAGCCAGCUAAUCCCACCCACCAUUCCAACAGUCUGGCUGCUCUUGAGCAUGAGCUGACUAAUUCCAACAACACUGCUGACUGUCUGGCUUCUCAGAAGGCUGAGUCAAUUGAUUCUACCAAUGCUACUGAUUGUUUGGCUUCUGUUGGGACUGAGACAACUAUGUCCACCCACCCUGCUGACAAUAUGGCUAUGGAUGAGCUUGAGCCUACACAUUCCACCAAUGCUGCUUACUUUCUGGCCGCUCUUGAGCCCCAGUCGACUAAUUCCUCCAAUACUGCUGAUAUUCUGGCUUCUGUUGGGUCUGAGACAACCAUGUCUACCCACCUUGCUGAUAUUCCUAUUGCUCAUGAGCCUGACUAUAAUGAUUCUACCAAUGCUGCUGACAGUCUGGACUCCGUUGAGCCAGAGCCAGCUAUGUCCACCCACCGUGCCGACAGUCUGGCUGCUCUUGAGCAUGAGCUGUCUCAUGCCAACAAAGCUGCUGACUGUCUGGCUUCUCUCAAGGCUGAGCCAACCAUGUCCACCCAGCCUGCUGACAGUGCGGCAGCUGUUGAGCCUGAGCCUACAAUUUCCACCAGAGCUGCUGAUUUUCUGGCUACUGUUCUGCCAGAGCUAACUAGGUCAAACCACCCUGCUGACUGUCUGGACUCUGUUCAGCCUGAGUCAUCUAUGUCCACACACCCUGCUGAUAAUAUGGCUACUGAUGAGCUUGAGCCUACAAAUUCGACCAACGCUGCUUACUGUCUGGCUGCUCUUGAGCCUGAGUCGACUAAAUCCUCCAAUGCUGCUGACUGUCUGGCCUAUGUUGAGCCAGAGCCAGGUAUGUCCACCCACCGUGCCGACAGUCUGGCUGCUCUUGAGCAUGAGCUGUCUCAUGCCAACAAAGAUGCUGACUGCCUGCCUUCUCUCAAGACUGAGCUGAUUAAUUCCAUCAAUGCUACUGAUUGUCUGGCUUCUUUUGGGACUGAGACAACCAUGUCCACCCAGCCUACUGACAGUGUGGCAGCUGUUGAGCCUGAACAUAAUAGUUCCACCAAUGCUGCUGAUGGUCUGGGCUCUGUUGAACAAGAGCCAGCUAAUCCCACCCACCGUUCCAACAGUCUGGCUGCUCUUGAGCAUGAGCUGACUAAUUCCAACAACACUGCUGACUGUCUGGCUUCUCAGAAGGCUGAGUCAAUUGAUUCUACCAAUGCUACUGAUUGUUUGGCUUCUGUUGGGACUGAGACAACUAUGUCCACCCACCCUGCUGACAAUAUGGCUAUGGAUGAGCUUGAGCCUACACAUUCCACCAAUGCUGCUUACUUUCUGGCCGCUCUUGAGCCCCAGUCGACUAAUUCCUCCAAUACUGCUGAUAUUCUGGCUUCUGUUGGGUCUGAGACAACCAUGUCUACCCACCUUGCUGAUAUUCCUAUUGCUCAUGAGCCUGACUAUAAUGAUUCUACCAAUGCUGCUGACAGUCUGGACUCCGUUGAGCCAGAGCCAGCUAUGUCCACCCACCAUGCCGACAGUCUGGCUGCUCUUGAGCAUGAGCUGUCUCAUGCCAACAAAGCUGCUGACUGUCUGGCUUCUCUCAAGGCUGAGCCAACCAUGUCCACCCAGCCUGCUGACAGUUCGGCAGCUGUUGAGCCUGAGCCUACAAUUUCCACCAGAGCUGCUGAUUUUCUGGCUACUGUUCUGCCAGAGCUAACUAGGUCAAACCACCCUGCUGACUGUCUGGACUCUGUUCAGCCUGAGUCAUCUAUGUCCACACACCCUGCUGAUAAUAUGGCUACUGAUGAGCUUGAGCCUACAAAUUCGACCAACGCUGCUUACUGUCUGGCUGCUCUUGAGCCUAAGUCGACUAAAUCCUCCAAUUCUGCUGACUGUCUGGCCUAUGUUGAGCCAGAGCCAGGUAUGUCCACCCACCGUGCCGACAGUCUGGCUGCUCUUGAGCAUGAGCUGUCUCAUGUCAACAAAGAUGCUGACUGUCUGGCUUCUCUCAAGGCUGAGCUGAUUAAUUCCAUCAAUGCUACUGAUUGUCUGGCUUCUGUUGGGACUGAGACAACCAUGUCCACCCAGCCUACUGACAGUUUGGCAGCUGUUGAGCCUGAACAUAAUUCCACCAAUGCUGCUGACGGUCUGGACUCUGUUGAACAAGAGCCAGCUAAGCCCACCCACCGUGCCGACAGUCUGGCUGCUCUUGAGCAUGAGCUGACUAAUUCCAACAACACUGCUGACUGUCUGGCUUCUCAGAAGGCUGAGUCAAUUGAUUCUACUAAUGCUUCUGAUUGUUUGGCUUCUGUUGGGACUGAGACAACUAUGUCCACCCACCCUGCUGACAAUAUGGCUACUGAUGAGCUUGAGCCUACACAUUCCACCAAUGCUGCUUACUGUCUGGCUGCUCUUGAGCCUGAGUCGACUAAAUCCUCCAGUGCUGCUGACUGCCUGGCCUAUGUUGAGCCAGAGCCAGCUAUGUCCACCCACCGUGCCGACAGUCUGGCUGCUCUUGAGCAUGAGCUGUCUCAUGCCAACAAAGAUGCUGGCUGUCUGGCUUCUCUCAAGGCUGAGCUGAUUAAUUCCACCAAUGCUACUGAUUGUCUGGCUUCUGUUGGGACUGAGACAACCAUGUCCACCCAGCCUGCUGACAGUUUGGCAGCUGUUGAGCCUGAACAUAAUAAUUCUACCAAUGCUGCUGACGGUCUGGACUCUAUUGAACAAGAGCCAGCUAUGCCCACCCCCCGUUCCGACAGUCUGGCUGCUCUUGAGCAUGAGCUGUCUCAUGCCAAUAAAGCUGCUGACUGUCUGGCUUCUCUCAAGGCUGAGCCAACCAUGUCCACCCAGCCUGCUGACACUUUGGCAUCUGUUGAGCCUGAGCCUACUUUUUCCACCAAAGCUGCUGAUUGUCUGGCUACUGUUCAGCCUGAGCUAACUAGGUCAAACCACCCUGCUGAAUGUCUGGAUUCUGUUCAGCCUGAGUCAUCUAUGUCCCCACACCCUGCUGACAGUUUGGUAGCUAUUGAGCCUGAACUGACUAAUUCCACCAAAGCUGCUGACUGUCUGGACUCUGCUGAGCCAGAGCCAACUGUGGCCACCCACCAUGCUGACAUUCUGACUGCUGUUGAGCCUGAACAUACUAAUUGCUCCAGUACUGCUGACUGUCUGCCUGCUGUUCAGCCUGAGUCCAGUAUGUCCACCCACCCUGCUGACAGUAUGGCUGCUAUUGAUGCUGAGCCUACAGAUCCUGCCAUUGUUGCUGACUGUCUGGCUGCUCUUGAACCUCGGCUGUCUGUUACAUGUGCUGCUGACAGUAGUGUGUUAGUUGAGAGUCAUGACUCAGGACCAGCUAGUCACAUUGGAUUGGAUUAUGUAGUUGAUUUACCUCUUUACAAGGAGAGUACAAGGUACAAACCCCAUGCUGACCCAGAGCCCACUCCUGGUUCCUGCACUUGUUAUUCCCUUGACUCCAUUCAAAUGACUAACCUGACUCUUUUGAUAUCCCUUAGUGAAGAAGAAAUAUUUGAUUCUGCUACUUCAGAUGAGGAAUCUUCUUUUACUCCUGACGUAGAAGAAGGUCUGCCUGCUACUCAGGGUGCUGAGGAUAUUUUUCAUGCUUCCGCACGAGCUGAACCAAUAAACCACAGCUUGAUCCUUCUCAGGGAGAGUGGAUAUCUUCGGGCAACAGAGAUACCACGCAUACCUUUUUUGCUCUUCAUAUGGCUUAUAUCCUCACUCUUAUCCAUCAUAACAUGGAUGAAAAUCCAAAUUCAACAAGCAUGGCAUGAAGAAAAUGGCCAAGGAGCUCCCACUAAGAAGAGAGUCGGACCAGGUAAGUUAAACUAAAAUAGUAGCUUAAAAUAGAUUAAGAUUGUUUUACUAGAAACCUAGGUCUCUUUUGUUAAUAAAUUUCAUACUUCUAUAGGGCUAUUUACGCAUAACCUAGAACCUGAAAACUUUAUUUUUUCUCAAUUUAUAGAAAAUAAUUUUCAUAAUGUAACAAAUCCAGUUUAGAGAAAUACAACUGACCAGGUAAUAUUUUUUCCUACUUGGAUGUUUCCUAUUCUAGAAUGAGGAGAUUAUUGUCACUUCCAGUGAAAACAUGUGUUUCCUGAAUGACUAAGCCGGGAAAACUUCCUGUUAAAUGUUAUUGUCUAUUUAUCGCUGUCAUUCUGAACUCUGACUUCUGAAGUUAGCAUAGCCUUUGACCGCAACAUUCCAAAAGAAGCAACUUCUGAGAUUAAAAAUAACAAGAGAAGCAUCCACCUUCUCACUGUUUCUCUCUACACUGAUAUGUCUACAUUGAUAUCUACAUGAUAAUGACACUGAUGUUGUUGAUGCUGGGCAUGACAAUAUCACCAGAGAUGUGCCUGAUGAUACUGUUAAUAAUUCUUCUUUUUCUUCUAGUGGCUGCGGCUCCUGAUCCCUAGACCCUUGAUGCUCCUCCAGGAUCGAUUGGAAUAUCAAAACACAGUCUGUGUGGGAGAAUUGAUCAUAUAUAUAAAUUUUAAAAUAAAAUGUUCAGUCUGAUUGUAGACUGAAGUAAAAA